CCCAUCGCGACAUCGAGGUUGCGGGCAGAUCACUUUCAGAAGGCUUCCAAAAAUUUGUUACUCCUUACAGCUGCUCCGAGGUCGUAUAUCUCAGUUGGUCCCACCCUUGAAUUUUGAGCCGAGUCUUAAUCUUGAUAAUGGCUUCCCUCCCACAAACCUUCGACCGACCGGUCCAUAUCGCCGUCAUUGGCGGCACCGGCCUCUACAAGAUCGACGGCUACACACCGGUCGCCGUGGUGAACCCCGAGACACCUUGGGGCAAACCCUCGUCGCCGAUCCACAUCCUCGAGCAUAACGGCGUGCCCAUCGCUUUCCUUGCGCGCCACGGCGAACACCACCAGUAUGCGCCGCAUGAGGUGCCCGCGCGCGCCAACAUAGCCGCCCUCCGCCACAUCGGUGUGCGGUGCGUCAUCGCUUUCAGUGCGGUCGGCUCCCUGCAGGAGGAGAUCAAGCCCAUGGACUUCGUCGUGCCCGACCAAAUCAUCGACCGCACCAAGGGCAUCCGGCCAUUUACUUUCUUCGAAGGCGGGCUUGUUGGCCAUGUUCCCUUUGGCGAUCCCUUCGAUAGCAAGAUAGUGAAUGUGGUCAAGGGCUGUGCGGCCGCUAUGAAAGGCGAGGGCGUCACGCUACAUGAUAAGGGGACGGUGAUCUGCAUGGAGGGGCCUCAAUUCUCUACUCGCGCCGAAUCAAAUCUCUACCGCUCCUGGGGUGGCUCCGUCAUCAACAUGUCGGCACUGCCCGAGGCCAAGCUUGCCCGCGAGGCCGAGAUGGCGUACCAGAUGAUCUGCAUGGCUACUGACUACGACUGCUGGCACAGCACUGAGGACGUGGAUGUUGCCAUGGUUAUGCACCACAUGUCGACCAACGGUCAGAACGCGAAACAUCUGGUUGGUGCUGUACUCGACGAACUCUCCAAACAGGAGAACAGCGACUUGGUCACGGCUAAGCACUGGGAAGGGGCGAGCAAGGGCGCUGUCAUGUACUGCACUAUGCCUGAGGGUCGUAGCCCGGAGGCUUUGAAGAAGGUCCAGUAUCUGUUCCCAGGGUUCCUCAAGGAAUAGGAAUAUUAUCUAUCACGACCCAAAGGCCGACGGAGAUCAAAUCAAAGCGUGGCACGAGUUGGAUGAGGCCUUGCCGUGCGGGUGAGGAAACCUCUAGAUGUAUAUCAUUCUCCUAUCUAUGGGGUAUAUGCAGCCAUAUCCAGGGGCUAAACGGCCUUCGAAACCACGCUUCCUGACACAAAAUACAACAAAUAUUCUUGAACUUAGCAUU